AUGUAUGAGCGACAGCGAGUGUGGCGUGCCUGUCAAGCAUGUCGGCGCAAGAAGGUCAAAUGCGAUGGAGAACAUCCAUGUCAAAGCUGUACCCGGAACCGAUCGGAGUGCGUCUUCGAGCAAUAUAACAACAUGAAGCUAGUGGAUCCACAAUAUGUCAAGAAACUUGAAAAUCGGCUCUCCCAGAUGGAAAAAGAAUUGAAACAGCGCCAGUCUGAUCAAGAUAAGAGAGUUUCUAUUGAUAUAUCUGCACAGACUUCAUAUAUUCAAUCUACAGAUGUCGGCUACCAGGAUUUUUGUCAGCCAGUCCCUGAGGGUGCUGUAUCCGACCCGACGGAUGAGUUCCUAGCACCUUCCAUCGAUGCAGCCACACCUGCACCAGGAUCAAAAAGAGCGUAUAUAGCCCAGAUGGCUGGGACCUAUAGCUCUAAUGCAUCGGAUUUGCCAAUCUUUGACAAUCACGACCCUCAGCAUGGAAGCGAAGUUGCAAUAUUUCCCGAACCCAUUACCAUCGACGUCACACGGUUGGAGGAGCCCAUUAUGGAAGCGCUGAUUGAUGUUUUUUAUCACUCAAUCUACCCGAUAUUUCCCAUUGUUCAUCACCGGAAUCUACGAUUGCAAUAUGAUAAUUGGCUAUCUGCUCGUAACAAUGAUGGGCGUGAAGAUGAUAGCGACUUCUCCGCUUUGCUGUACGCAUUGCUCGCCGUGGCUGCGUCAGUGAUCCCUAAACAACAUGCUGUCUUCAACCAGCAGGGGCUUCACAUUUAUAAAGAGGUGAAUCUGGGAGAAUUACUUCACUCACACGCAACCUCCAUUUCUACUGGGCGACCAUAUCGAACGAACGCCAAAUUUCCCAUGAACAUCGUCAUUGCUCAAGGUCUCCUCAGUCUCUAUCUCACCGAAGACGGCAAAGUCAAUGAUGCAUGGGUCACUACAGGUCAUGCGAUUCGGCUGUAUCAGGGAUUAGAUUUGGACGAGUCCGGGGAUGCAUCAGCUAAAAAUACAUGGCAUGAACCUAAAAAGCUCUGGUGGUGUUUGUAUAUUUUGGAUCGCUCUCUAUCCACGGCACUUUCGAAGCCUUUGGCUAUCGAUGAUGCGGACAGUGAUAUUGAAUCAUACACCGGGGAAAGUGAACCAUCCUCGACCUACGAAAAGACAGAUCCCUGGUUCUCGGUGAUUGCAGACUUCCACGUCACAAUGGGUCGAAUUUACAGAUCUGUCCGACGGAUACGCAAGUCUCAUCCGUCCCAGAAUGCCAAAUUAAGAGACACGCUCCGGUCGCAUGUGAAAAGGCACGAUGCGGAGCUAGAGAGGUACUAUCGAAAGCAGGUGCUGCCGAAGAUCGAAGAGUCUAAUCAACAGAUUGGCCCUCAUGCACUGCAAACAAUUGCCAUCUCAUCCUAUUACAUCGGAGUGGUUCUUCUAUACCGAACAUUCAUCGAGCGACUGAAUAUUGCGGAGCCCGCAGCUUUUCUUCGAUGCGCCGAGGCUGCUUCUAAAUGCAUUAAAGCCACACCCCAAGUCAUGGCAACAGUUCCUGCAAGUCAUUUUGUCAUCCAACAGAGUCGCGCCAUAUACGCAAGUGCUAAGGUUCUUUUGCAUUGCAUGCGUCUCGCCCGCAACCCAACCUUCACCAACAAAGCUUGGUCAGAUGUUGAGAGCGGCUUCAACAUGCUACAGAACCUCAAGAUACAGUGGCCGGAGAUCAAAAAGUAUCAAACGCUCACUGAGGAAGAUAUGCGAUUGACCCAGAGUGAUCUAGCCAAACAUGAUCUCUUCUACGACACAUUCAGCCGGUAUGGCCAAGCAGCAGGUACAUCGCCUAUAUCCAGUACAAGUCCCGUUUUCAAUGAAGAUAAUCAAGGAAACUCUGGUCGGAAUAUGACCAUUCAUCACGAAAUGGCCAGAUCCCGAGAAGAGACAGACUCUAUCUUCAGUCGGGACAGUGAAUCUUCAGAGCGACAAUCCAAGCGGCGGAAACUGACCCCUGACUCCUUUUUCCCAUGCGACCCUACGGCUAUAUUGCACCUGCUGCCACCUUCUGAGGAACCUCAGGACUACGAGGACAACAGCAUGAUGAUGAAUGACGAUCUCUCUGAUCCACAACAAUUCUUCCUGGGGGAUCUAUCAGCGGACCCGUUCGAUGACUCAAUGCUACUUGAUUCGAUCGAGCAAUUCCUGUCUUAUCCGAGUGAAUAA